GCUAGCUGGCGCUGCGAUCGUCAAAACAACGUGGUGGAAGUGGGAGUUUGUGAUUUUCCGAGCAUAUUUUUGCGUGGUUUUUACCAGCAGUAGUGACAUGUCGAAAAAGCAAAAACAGUGCCAGGGCAGAGAUACAUUCCACAGGAUGAAUUAUCUGCAGCAGGCCUCAAAAUUGAUGGCCGGCAGGAAUGAUUUUCUGUCGAGUUACUUUGGCACUCAAUGCAAGGCGAUUGGCAAGAAAAGUGUUCUUAAAAUGGAACCUGCUGUGAAGAGAAGCUUGUGCAAGAAAUGCUCAAUUUUUCUGAAACCAGGAGAAACAGCUGAUAUUGAUGUGAAAGAGACUCCACAGAAGGUGUCAAUAAUCUCCUGCCGGAGAUGUGGAUUCCGGAAGCGCUACCACAUCAACUCCAAAUACUCCAUGUGGCUGGAUAAUCCCGAUUCAGUGGCUGAGGCAUUGAAUUUCGCCCCUGAAACCAAUACGUGCCAGACAAAAGGUCAACAGUCGCCCACAGAGAAUGGCAGAAUCGUGCCACGCGAAAAGAAUUUCCCGGAAAAAUACCUGAAAAGGGGAGGAAAUUGCAUUGAUCCAAGUGCAGUGAUAAGAUCUAAUAACGAAGACACCGGUAAACAGGAAGCCAACAGUUGAUGAUGACACCA